AUGCAUGGCGAUGUUAUUCGAGUACAGUUGGGAUCCAUGACAAUCCUUGUCGUUAACUCAGCAUCUGCGGCAAAGCGUGUAUUUGCAGGUAGCACAACAGCUUUGUCAUCAAGGCCUGUGUUUCAUACAUUUCACGAGCUUAUUGCUGGUACCUUGGGGCCAACAAUUGGCACCGCAAUCUACGGGGACGCUCUAAAAAGGGGCCGUAAAGCUACAGCAGCAGAGCUAAGCAAGCCCGCUGUAAAAGCAAACUUAGGCAAAAUCGAUCUGGAGACUCGGCACUUUCUCCAUGAACUUAUGUUCUACGUCUAUCACGAGUCCAUUUGCUACGGUCGUCGGAUGUAUCUCGGCGAUCCUCUCACACAGGAGAUUAUUCAGGUUGAGGACGAGAUUCUUAGACUUCGAAGCAUGACGGAUAAUCUUCAGGAUUAUUUGUCUUUUUUCCGCCUGUGGCCAUUUAAUGGGUAUUAUUCGAAGGCGGUUAAGCUACGCGAACGUCGAGACGCGUACGUUGCUAGACUGAAUCAGGAGAUUCAAGCGAAGAUGAGAAACAACAGCCAUGAAGAAUGCCUCUACUCUAAAAAUCAAACCUGCCCGCAUCCACUUCCACUGGAGGAGCUGUCCACGGUCCUGCUUACCUUUCUUUCGGGGGGGUUAGCAACAGAGAGUAACACAAUACACUGGAGUUUAACUCUUCUCGCCACCCGACCCGAAAUCCAGGAAAUUGCCUAUAAGUCUAUACGGGAAGUUUACCCGAACAAUGAACAGCUUUUUAAAGCUGGGCUCGAAGAUGUGGAGGAAAUUCCUUACAUAUCUGCCCUGGUCCGUGAGUCUCUAAGAUACUACACUCCGUCGCGAUUGGCUCUUCCUCGACUAGCUGUACAAACCUUCCAAUAUGCGGGGAAGAUCAUCCCUAAGGGGACCACAGUUAUAUUGAACACAUUUGCAUGUAAUAUGGAUCCUACCUUGUAUGGGGAUCCCGAAAAUUUCCGUCCUGAACGUUGGCUUAACAACCCCGAUCUUCCAAUUUUUAGCUAUGGCUUGGGUUACCGCAUGUGUGCUGGCUAUGCACUUGCAAAUCGGGUGAUUUAUAUUCUACUAGCCAGAAUUAUCUCAUGUUUCGAAAUUAGCGCGAGCCUGGAGGUUGAUGCUGAUCAUAUAACCGGCUGUGCUGAUCCUGCCCAUCAGGCCAUGGCUCCAAAGCCCACUGGCUUCUACUUUCGACUAAGGGAUGUUAAAGUAUUGGAUAUUUGCUCUGCGGCAUUAUAG